AUGAAACGACAGUUGAACAUUACAUCAUUUACCCAAACAAAAAGAAAUAAAACAGACAAUCUUACUUCUGAAAAUGUAUCAAUUGAACAAUCUAAUUUAUCAGAACUACCUUCAACUAGCAAAAAUUAUACUGAUAAUCACACCCUCAAUUUGACUCCUAAUUCUCAUAAUAGUAUGCCCAAUGAUUUGGAUAAGACACUCACAGCUGGGGUAAAUGAUAUUGGUAAUUAUGUACAUAAUUUAGAAAUUGACGAUUUUAAGAAAGAAGAACUUUUAAAAACACCAUGGGUACCCCAUUUGACGUAUAUUUUUCCUGUUAAAACCAAAAGAAAUUUACGAUUUCAAUUAUCUUGGAUACAACGAUUUUCGUGGCUUAGCUAUUCACAGAUUUUCGAAGGAGCAUUUUGUAGACCAUGCGUUUUGUUUGCUCGAGAAAAAGGAGGUAAAGGUGGUCAUCAACAAUUAGGUGCUCUUGUUUCUAAGGAGUAUGCUAAUUGGAAAAAUUCUCUGCAAGAUUUUCAGUUACAUACUAAUACAUCAUAUCACAAAUUUAAGCAAGAAAUUGCUCUUCGAGGUUCAAACGAUUUUGGAAAUGUAAUGAACACAAAUUCUUUUAUUGACGGAAAUUUCAGAGCCUUAUUACGGUUUCGUGUAGAUUCAGGUGACACUAUUCUAGAAGAACAUUUGAACAAUGGUCCAAAAAAUUCGUUGUAUACUAGUCCUGGCAUUCAAAAUGAGAUUAUUUCUAUUUGUGGUGAUAUAAUUAAGUCAAAAAUAGUCCAAAGAGUUAAUACUGCCGAGUGCUUUUCUGUGUUAGCAGACGAAACUACAGACAUUGGAAGAAUUGAACAAAUGUCUGUAUGUUUGCGUUAUUAUGACCAAAGUGAUAAAAAAAUUCGUGAAGACUUUUUAGAACUUACUGCUGUUGACCUUACUGGAAAAGGACUAGCAAUCUUAAUAAUGAAAAGUUUGCAAAAUAACAGCAUUAAUUGCCAGUUUCUAGUUGGUCAAGGCUACGACGGUGCCUCUGCCAUGAGUGGUUAUUUACAUGGUGCUCAAGAAUACAUAAAAAAGACUUUCACAUGGCUCUUUAUGGCCCAGUGCUCAUUCACUCAAUCUUGCAUUGGCAAACGCCAGCUCAUUGCCCUCAAUAAGAAACUUGUCUUGCGGUUCAAAGAACUAUAUCCAGCCAUUAAUUUCGCUUUAGAAAAAUUGGAAUCUUCAAUAAAUAAAGAAACAGCUCAAAAGUCUUGUCAGUUAUUAAGUACAAUUAAAGACGCUAAAUUUGUUAUACCUCUCAUAAUAAUUGAAAAUAUUUUUUCCUAUACGUUGACGUUGUGUAAACAGUUACAGACAAUAAAUGCUGAUUUAGUUGAAGCAUGUAAUCAUGUAGAUAAUGUGUUAUUAAUUUUGGACGAAAUGAGAGAAAACUGCAAUAAACAUUUUUCAGGCAUGUUUUCUGUUGUUGCGAUUAUGUUGAAUAAAAAUAAAGAAGAAAUAGAUUUUCCUCGUAUUGCUAAAAGACAAACACACCGUAAUAAUGUGUCCGCUAAUACUUCUGAAGAGUAUUACAAGCUUAAUAUAUUUUUGCCAUUUAUUGACCAUAUAAGAAUACAGCUUUCUGAUAGAUUUCAGAAACAUAAAUCUUUAAUAAGUUCAUUACAACAAAUUAUUCCAAGUAAAUGUAUAUAUUCCACUAGUGAAGAAAUAAACGAUUGUGUACAGUUUUAUUCCCAAAUAUUAAUAGAACCUAGUGUUUUCAAAGCUGAAUUUUCAAUAUGGAAAUCAAAGUGGCUUAAAGAAGAGUCACGUCCUAAUACAGCAAUUUCAGGACUUGACAAUUCGACACCAGAAAGAACAUUUUCUUCUUUAAAAAGAUUGAAAACGUAUCUUAGGAACUCGACUGGUGAAACUCGUCUCGACGGAUUAGCAUUAAUGUCAAUUCACAGGGAAAUAAAUGUUGACCCAGAAGAGGUGCUAAAUCGGUUUGCAAAACAGUCGAGGAAAAUGAUGUUGCUUUAA